AUGGGUCAGUUGUAUAAUAAGAGAAGCUAUGUUGCAUCUGAAGACAAAAAGCUGGAGCUGAGGCUUGGUCCUCCAGGAGAAGACCAGUCUCUUCUCUCUCUUGGUUGCAUCAUCAUCAACAACAAUAUUUCUCAUGAACACAAAAGAUUCUGCCAUGAAACUUUUAUAGAGAAAAAAGAAGGGAGAGAGAGCAAGUGGUUGACAAACUCUGCUCCCAGCAGUCAGUGCCAGCAAAACCCUAAGCCUUCCCAUUUUCAGUGUCCAAUGAUUUCCAAACCCUGCACCCCUGGAGUGGCAGAGUUCCACAACUCAGAUAAGAAGGCAUGUUCAGAUCCUGCUAUUGCUUCAGAGUUUACAAAUCCUGCUGCAGCUCAUGGCUCUGAUCAGAAAAGUAAAACCAGAAUUGCACAAGCUGCAGUUGUAGGGUGGCCUCCAGUACGUUCAUCCAGGAAAAAUCUUGCAAGCUGCAAAUCAAGCUUUUCAAAGCCCCAGAAUUCGGAGUCACCAAAUGAAAUUCUGCAGGAGGGGAGCAGUGGAAAAUCUGAUACUAAUUCCAAGCCUCAUAUGUUUGUAAAGAUCAACAUGGAAGGGGUUCCCAUUGGAAGAAAAAUCAACCUCAAAGCCUAUGACAGUUAUGAGAAACUCUCCCUUGCCAUAGAUGAACUCUUCCAAGGUCUUCUUGCAGCUCAAAGGGUUUGUUCUGAUGUGGAAAAAGAAGACAAGAAGGGAGAGACCAAAUCAAUAACUCAUGGCAAUGGGGAAUAUACUCUGCUCUAUGAGGAUCAUGAAGGAGACAGGAUGCUUGUUGGUGAUGUCCCAUGGAACAUGUUUGUAUCCACCGCAAAAAGACUGCGCGUGCUGAAUAGCUCAGAGCUUUCCACUCUAAAACUUAGCAGCAGUCAACAUGAAAAGACACCACUUGAUGCUCCAAUGGAAGUUGGGAAAUGA